AUAACAGCAUUUAUAUAAUACGCAGAUGCUUUAAUGCCGUUAUUUAUGCUGUUAAAUUCGCGCAUUGGAAGAAAUUAUUUGAGACCAAACAAUUUUGGCGUUAUAAUAGUGUUAUAUUUGCUGUUAUGUUAUGCUGUUAUGUUAUGGUGUUAUAUUUAAAGACGUUUGCUGUUAUAUUUGCUGUUAUUUUUACUGAUAGUUUUGCAUUUAUACUUGCUGUUAUAUUUGAUUUCACACGUGACAGCAAAUAUAUCAGUAAAAUAUCAUUGCAAUGCUGCCACAUUUUGUCAUAUUUAAAUAAGAAGUUAAGAAAGUUUCUAAAGCGGUAACACAAGGUGGUAAAAGUAAAAAAAAAAAUGAAAUCAAUUAAAGUUUUAUUUAAAGAAAAUGCUAAAAUAGUUAUUGCCAGCAGCAGUUAUUUUUUGGAUUUUUGUGCAGCUGUUCGUGAAACCUUCAAUUUGCCCUUGAUUGAAGAAGUCAAGUGGAAUAGCUGUAAAGUAAAUGCUAGUAGCUUUGCUGCUCUUCUCAACGAACAAAAUUUAGAGUUUACUAUUCAAGCUCCACAACUUGUUGAUAUUUCCAACUCUCAACAAGUUAGUUUUUUAUCUGAGUUAAAUAAGGCUGACAGCUCAAUCAUCACCGUUAUGCCAAUUUUCAUCUAUUGUAAAUGAUAACGUAGAUUUUGUAGUACCAUCGAAUAAAAUUAAUUGGAACUUUGAAAACCAAUGUAUGGCUGAAGAAUGUCAUGUAAAUGUUGUUCAGCCUUCGGUAAGUCAACUAUAUACACCAGUUGCACAAUAUAUGGCUGAAGAAUGUUGUGUUAAUGUUGUUCAGCCUCCGGUAAGACAAAUAUCUUCAACUUCUUCAUCUUCAUCUCCAAACACACCCAAGAUACCACGAAAGGUAAUUAACUAUAACUGUUCUGUUUGUUAUUGUAAAACUUCAACUUAUAGUUUUAUGCUUCAUCACUUAAAACUGCAUGGCAACCAAGCAGCCGUUUUUUGUGAAAAUUGUUUGUCUAAAUUUAAAAGUCUUUCAGGUUUCCUGAAGCAUUCCAAAAAAUGUUCCAUUAACCAGAUCAAUAUCUGUACUAUUGAAAAUGAAGUUGAAAAUGAUGUUGCGAAUCAAAUUGGUAACACAAAAAUUAAUGAAGAUUAUUUAGGAGCUUUGGCAUUACAUUUACAAGGAAAGCACAUAUGUGCUCAAAAUGUUUUAAACAUAAUUUUCAGUAAAAAAAGGAGAUGCUUUCUGUAAUAAAUGUUGACAUUGAGGCUUUAAAAGCCACUUGUGAUAAACUCUCAACACAAUAUUUACGGGAAAAGUAUUACAAGAAUAAUUUACAGACUCCAACUGCAAAAAGUGAUUGGUCUGAAUAAGCAAGGUUGUAUAAUUCCUUUCACUGAAAUAUUGUCUUUCCUAUUACAAUCAUAGGAAAUUAAUGACUUUACAGCUGUGAAUGGGAACACAAACCACGUGAAAAUGGGAAUAUAUUGUGAUGACCUUGGAGGAACAAAUCCUUUAGGAAAGGCGCGUAAAAAGCAAAAAAUGUUUGUAUUUUACUUUCAAAUCUUAAACAUCCCUUCAUUGUAUUGUGGUAGAACGUCUUCUAUCUUUCCGUUAAUUUUUACUCAUGCUAAAUGGGUAAAAGAUAAAUACUUUUACAGUAUUCUUUUUAGCGAUUUUAUUUCCUCCAUGAGCCAGCUGGAAAAUGGAAAUGUAAUUAAAGUUAGGGGUGUUUCAAAAAUAAUUACAGUUGAAGUAGUAUACUUCUCAGGUGACUCUCUUUCUGCAAAUACAAUUGGAGUUUUUAAAGAAGGUUUUAGUGAAAAGACAUUGCGCUAUUGCAGAAGUUGUAACUCAACCAGACAACAAAUGAAAAAUUUUUCUAACUAUGAAGAAUGCAGUAUUCAUAACGCUCCUGAACAUAUGAUACGUUUGACUGAGCUAAACUCUGGUUUAAGCAAAGCUGAUAAAUCAAAAUGGUCUAAAUACUAUGGCAUUGUUUCAAAAAGUAUACUGUCAAACAUUCCGGGAUUUGAUGUGACAAAACAGCUUUUAUUUGAUCCUAUGCAUGAUUUGUUGGAAGGUCUCAUUCCGCUUCAGUUUGAGUUAUUUUUGUCGUAUGCCAUUCAGAACAAGUUUUUUACUUUAAAAGAAAUAAAUGAUUGGCUGCAAGGAUUUAGCUAUGCUAAUGGUAUUGAAAAGCCUAAUAUGAUCCAUACUUCAAUGCAGAUUCGUGGUAGUUUUGGCAGUGGUCAAACUUUGACACUUUCUCGUAUUAUAUCAUUUUUUAUCUUAGAGCACAUGGCUCAAACCGAUGUCCAUUUCAUUUGUUUGUCAAAACUUAUUCAGGUGCUUCAACUGUGUUUAUCUUCUGUUGUUACUCUUCUUUUUUAAUCCGAUUUAAAAGCUUUAAUUCAAGAUCAUCAUCGCUUAUUUUUGUAUUUGUAUCCUGAUAAAUUCAUCCCAAAGUUACAUUUUCUUAUCCACUACCCUGCUCAAGCUAAACAGUUUGGGCCUCUAUGUGAACAUAUGUGUAUGGCUUAUGAAAGAAAACAUCAGGUUGUAAAGAAUUUUCGUCACUUUAAUUCCAAGAACAUUCCCUAUUCAGCAUGUAAAACGAUGAUAUAGACAAGUGGACGAGUUGAAGUUUAAAAAAGGAUCUAUUAUUUCUGUUAAAGUAAAUGGCAUAAUUUACAAGAUUGGUGAUAUUACUUCAUGCUUAAAAGAAGAAAAGUUGAUAUUUUACAAAAUCCUUUCCAUAUCAUCAGAAAAUGACAAGCGUGCUUUUAAAUGCUCUAAACUUAUAGUACAAGCCCACUCAUCAUACUUGAUAUGUUGUGAAUCUUCUGAACAAGUUGUCAUUUAUCCAGAUACUUUAAUAUUUCCGUGGUGUGUCAUCCAAUAUAAUAAUUCUUCAGGUUCUGUAAAUGGCAGAAUCAAUUUUUUUUCCUUUAGCAGUGCCAAAUUUAAAUUUUUUUGAUAUAGGCAUAUGAGUUUACUUUUUAAUGGACAUAUUAAUUUGUUAAUUUUUGUAGAAUAAUUUUUUAGAUUUUACAGCAGAAACAUGUUUAAAAAUAUUCAAAUAAAUGUUCAAAGUAAAUUCAGAUUUAAAUAUAUAUAUUUUACUCUAGCUUAUUUUUUGACUAUCUUUAUAAAUUUUGGCAAAUUUUGUCUUGUCUUUGAGAUGACACAACCAGAGCUGUCAAAAGCCUUGGCGCCGCUCGAGACAAAAUUCCUGAAUAACACCCCAUAUUUCUGUCUCUUCAUGCUAUCAAUGAAAGACUCUUUUUUUUUAAGUCCCUUAAAUUUUUUGCGCCCCUAGAACAUCUGCCGCUUGGAACAAAUUGACCCUUUGUCCCCCCUCUUGGCGACACUGGACACAACGCAAUAAAUACAUUUUGCAAUAAUAAAUCACUAAUAAUGUUUUUAAAACGAAAUGAACAUUUUCUAACAUGAUUCUUUUAUACAUAAGACAAUGUAAAACUUGGAUCAUUUGAUUAAAAAUUCUGUACGACAACAAAGACAUUCAUAGGACUAGUAUGUUUUUUAUGCGCUAAAGCUAACUUGAUGCAUAGAAAAUUUUUCUACACCUAAUUAUAAACAAUGUCUUGUUAUUUAUUGCUUGUAAUAAGGCCUGGUUUUAAAUAUGCCAACAUGAAACUCCUUAAAGUUUUAAUUUUAAAAACCAUUUGAACAAUUGCCCACUGGGAUUCAGCUAAUUAUCACACAUUUCGCUAUAAUAAUUAUUAUGUCAGACAUUUUACUGUGUUAAUAUUUUUUUCAGAUUUCCAAAAUUCUUUUUGAUUCAGAUGAAGUUACUCGCCUGAGGACUUUUUUUGAGUAUAUCUUCUUUAAAAUUUUUAAACAAUGUCUUGACAAAUGACGUAUCGAAAAAGGAGCUGAAAAAUAGUAUUCUUCUGUACUGCCAUGUUGUUCUUCCUUCCGACAAUGACCCAUGGGUUCGGAGAGAGUUUUUUUCUAAACUUAAGUCAAUGCUUCUUUUUAAUUUUCCUAACUGCUUGGAACACUGGGAUUCACUCCUAAGACAGGUUUCAAACAUAAUUAGGCAACAACGUUGGACUAAAAGUCAUCGUACUUCAAAUGGAACAGCAAUUAGACAAUUUCAACAGGUUUCAAAACCUAAAGUCUCCAUAUAUUAUGGAUUCAAUAUCUAAAGCUGAACCAGUGCUUUCAAAAGAGCAGCUUCUUCUUGAAGUUGAGAAUGAACUACUAAAAUCAAAACCAUCUAUCAAUGUUCUUGCGAUUUUGAAUAGAAAUCUUUUUCAACCGAAAAUAUAUGAAAAACUCCCGAUUCAAUUGUCAAUGGCUCCCUGUUUAAUAAUUGCUGAGUUUAAACGCCUUUACCCACACUUUAGUUUUAUAGAAGAAUCAUGUUCAUUUUUUAUUACUAAAGCUUUUGCAGGAUCUUCUAAUCACCUUGAAAGUUUGCUUGUUUUACAAUGUAAAUUAGGUUCCAAAAAAGCAAAGGAUUUGUUGUUUAAGAAAUCUGAAUCUGACGAUCUAGUCGAUGAGUUGAAGAUACCUGCAAAGUAGGGUCCACAAGUUCUUUUCAACUCAAUACAAUAUGGCGUUCGCAGUAGAUCAGCAUGCGAAAUGAUUAGCACAGAUUUACGGACAAUUAAAGAGGUUUUAUGCGUUAUUGUUAGCAUUUACUAUUUGUUAGAUCUAUCAUAUCCAUCUUCUUUCUCACAACUGAUGGGCCUUUUCCAAGAGAUGUUGCUAAAUGAAAGCUUUGAAAAAAAAUCAAAGAAGACUUUCUCUUAUAUUAAACAGUUAACUUGAUUUUUUGAAUGCGAUUACUAGUUAUUAACUUUUUUA